UCGGCCCAAUGUUACUUCCAAAAUCAUUUAAAAAUCGGAGAGUGAACUGAAACCCUAGGGUCAUCGUCUAUCUAUAUCGCAGCAAGUCACCCAGAGCUCAACCUCCGCCCAAACCCUAGAUUCCACAGACAAUGGCACCGAAGAAGGAAAAGGCUCCUCAAACCGCCUCCAAGCCCGCGAAGACCGGUGGUGGCAAGCAGAAAAAGAAGAAGUGGAGCAAGGGAAAGCAAAAGGAGAAGGUGAACAACAUGGUGCUUUUUGACAAGGCUACAUAUGAGAAGUUCUUAUCGGAAGCUCCUAAAUACAAGCUCAUCACCCCUUCAGUCCUCUCCGAUCGUUUAAGGAUUAGUGGAUCACUUGCAAGGAGGGCAAUCCAAGAAUUGUUGGAAAGAGGUUUGAUCAGGAUGGUGUCUGCUCACGCUAGCCAGCAGAUAUACACCAGGGCUACAAAUACCUAAUCUUUUUUGCAAUUUAGCUAGCGGGCAAAUCAAAAGUGUUGGUUUACAGACUACCAUUAUGUGUUUUAAGUUGAAUUUUGUGUUAUUCCCCUAAAUUGAUGAUGAGAUUACUAUGUUGAGCAUUUGAUUUCCAUCUCUUGAAAUUCAGAAGUCUUCAUUGGUGUUCGUUAAGUUAAAUUUUUCUUUGCAAGUUUAGUUGUCUGAUUGCGUCGUCAUGCUUCCAAGUUCCAACGUGUUAUAAAUCAAUAUUUCAUGA